AACUUGUCUUCCGCGUGGUUUCAAUCCAAAUUAUGAUUUGGAUGUGUUGCAUGAAAUGAACAACCAGUCCAUGUAAGAAUGGCUAUGCGACUUGCAAACUCAUGAUUGUCUGAUUCGGAAUGGUACACUUAUCCGCUGAGACGGGGCUCAAGGCCUCUGUGGGAAUCUUUCUGCUCAGCUGCACAUUUCUCGCAACGUCUUACAACACUACUUUUGCUUUCGAUCAUCCCCUCAACACCGCAGUGAUAACAUGUUUCAUCGCUGCAUUCUCCCUUCUGUUACUAAGUCGCUUCAUCAACCGAAUCCCGAUUCCGUCAUCCUCGGUACACAAGUACAGCGUCAUACCUUUGACAGAGCGCGAACAAGCAAUCGACGAACCUUCGUCGCCUAUCAGCCUGGAGAGCAGCAGUAGCAGUAUCACUCCUUCAAAAACGCGCAACCUGGCCCGAUGGUUCAAAAUUGGCCUGGUUUCCGUGCUUGGCUGUGUCCGCGUUGGUCUAUAUCGACAAAUAACUGCAAACAUUGAAUGCGCGCCGGAUGGCUACGCGUAUGCGAUACCCUUCUUCAUUGCUAUUUAUGAUUACUGGCGCAACCAACGGGGCCGAUCAGCUACGAAAUGGACCGCUCCCGACGGCCCACAAAAUGCGCAACUUCGCAUGGUAGCGGCUAUCGCCAGUCGCAUUCAUUACUUCGUCUUUCGCAGUCAACUAAGAUAUGUCGCGUCAGCGGCUAGCCUGUUGGCAAGCGGAUAUCUGGCGGUGGCAUUCGAUCAAGGGCGCGAAUCGACGUAUAUCUGCGCCACUGUUUCAGGCCAGUAUCCGCGCCUACACACUUUGAGAGUUUUGAGCGCCAUCUUCGACUCUAUAAUUCUGAUCGGUGCUGCGGAGCUGUCUAAUGAAGGUGUACGACCUCGUGACGGCAGGAGGAAACAGACCUUGGUGUCCUGGGGAUUUAGUUUACUCGGUGUGGCUGCAUUCUGGGGUGUUAUUGUAGCCUAUCUUACUGUCAGGUCUCAUGGCAGCGAUGGUUUUGUCAACCCUCACUUCCUGCGAAGUGCUAUAGGCCAGGGUGCGCUGGUGGCUUGUGUCAUAGUCUCAGCAUCUCAGCUAAUCCCUCACUAUGGUGUUGUCGGGCUUUCAGUCCUGGCUGGCUUUGUCUCCUUGUAUUAUGCCUGGACUGCAACCCUUUUCGAUGGACAUCAGCCAUUCCCACUCGUCACUGCUCCUCGUGCUUUCGCCGCUCUACUUUUGAACUACCUCGGCGGGUUGUCGUUUUUAUACGCGCGAACGGUCUCGGAAGAGGAGCCGCAGUUUCUUUAUCGGUUUAAUAUCACCUUGCGCGUUGCCUUGACCGUAAUGGCAGGGAUCGGCUUUAUCUUCGUGACUCAGCAAGGCAGUGUCGCCCAUCUGCAUCCCAUUGAUCUGCUUAUUUAUGAGGGCAGGCAGCACCAUGACAAAUGGCUUCACAGGGCCAAUAGCAGUCAAACUUUGGCCGAUGCUGUCGCGCAGUACCGCCUGCAAUAUAACCAACAUCCGCCACCGAACUUUGACAAAUGGUACGAAUUCGCCAUGAACAAAUCCUCCCUUGUCAUCGAUGAUUUCGAUGAGAUCCACAACAACCUGCUUCCGUUCCGCUCAGUAUCCCCGGCAGCAAUCCGAGAUAUGACGCAGAAACUAGCCACAAACCCAUACAAUGAAAUCGGCGCUAUCAGCAUUCGGAAUGGCACGGCCAGAGUUCAAGAGGGCAUCAAGCCUACCCAUGCUUGGAUGGUCAUUAGUGCCGCCAAGAUGAUCGAGAAAUUCGCCGAACACCUGCCAGACAUGGAUCUGGCUUUCAAUCUGAACGAUGAGCCCCGGGUGGCUGUACCCUGGGAGGAAAUGAGCGCCCUGAAAGACCAAGCCCUUUCAUAUCCCGUGCUACAAGACGAACGCAUACAAAAUGAAUGGUCAACCGGCCGUAGCGACCAAUGGCUGCCGAUCGAGCCGGCUGAUCAAACGCACGACACUAUGUUCGUUGACAAUUCAUUUAAGAAUAUCUUCGACCGUUACGUGAGCGCGACUUGUCCUCCAUCUUCUAAGGCACGCUCUCAACGCAUAUGGGACCGCCGCCAUCUCUGCAUCAGUUGUAUUCGGCCACACUCCCUGGGCGAGUUCCCAUCUGACUGGGCCCUGGCGACUGAUAUCUGCCACCAGCCGGACCUGGCCCAUCUUCACGGCUUCUUCAUGUCACCAGCCUCUUUCAAGGUCUCCCAAGAACUUAUUCCAGUCUUCAGCCAGAGCGCGAUCGCCGGAUUUGGCGACAUUAUUUUCCCAAGUCCGUGGAAUUACGUCGACAAGAUCGAAUACAAACCGUCGACAGACUACCCGGAUGCAAACUAUACCGACAAGUCGAACACCUUGUUCUGGAUCGGCAGUACCUCUGAAGGUAUCAGCCAUUCAGGCGAAUGGAAAGGCAUGCCGCGACAACGCCUCACCCACCUAAUCAAUAACAACACGCACAACCACGUCUCCGUUUUCCUACCCACAGCGGACAACACCACCGACUCGUACCGCUACCAGAUCCUCCCUGGCACCUCUCCUUCUUCCUCCCUUCACCUCGACACAGCUGUCCAAAUUCUCGACCCGAUUGUCCGCUGCAGGCACCAAGACUGUGAGGACCAGACUGCCGAAUUCGGACUGACGGGGCGAGUGGACUUUCAAGCUCACUGGCAGAACCGGUAUCUCUUCGACGCCGACGGCGCCGGCUUCAGCGGCCGCUUCCUUCCUUUUAUGCAGAGCCACAGCCUCCCCUUUAAGACGGGACUGUUCCGCCAAUGGUUCGAAACGCGCAUCACUCCUUGGCUACACUUUGUGCCCGUAGAUGUCCGCCUCCACGGCUUGUGGAGUACCCUGGCAUAUUUCUCGGGCGUCGAAUCUAGCGACCAUUCCUCCACUCCUGAGAAGAGAGCGCUCCUCAAGCCCCACGAUAUCGAGGGUCAAUGGAUCGCAGAGGAAGGCCGGAAGUGGGCGGCGCAGGUGCUGCGGAAGGAAGAUAUGGAAGUCUACUUCUUCAGGCUUCUGUUAGAAUGGGGGCGGCUGACGGACGAUCGACGAGAGGAAUUGGGCUACAAGCUAUAAUUAUAGGUAUGGCCCCCCGUGAGUGAGGGUCAUAAGCUAUCUCUCAUCUACCUAUUUUGAUGAUAAUGAUGCAGUUUGGUGGGAAGAGGAGGCGACGGACAUGUGUAAUGACUAUACUAUCUAUUGUAACUUUGUGUUGAUUGCUGUUUGAUCUAUUUCUUCGACUGGAAUAUAUUUUAAUUUACUUACUGUGAGGACUUCUU